CCUGCUUGUUCAUAGUGGAGAUUUUUUGAUGAGGAAGAAAUAAUAUUUUCUUUGGUUUUUUUGGUUAAAAAAUAUUUGUUGUUUUAAUUUUAAAUGCAAUGAAUGCAAUUUUUGGUAAAAGAAUUUAAAAUUAAUGUGAAUUGCUUGAGAUUCAACCUAAAGCAAAGGAGCAGACAACAAAAGCAUAAUAAUUUCGAGCAGUGUGAGUGUAAACCUGACGCGCUAUUGAUGAGCAGGGAACAAUUCUAAUUGACGCAAGCAUCUUGGAGUUUUUGCAUAAGAAAAGUGAUUUUCGUGUAGUCUCUUUAUAAGUGCGAAAAAAGGAAACAUGAAUUCGUACAUUAGACAGUCUGCGGUGCCUGCCGACCAGAUGCAUAGUUUCCUCAAGGACAAGCAGGCGUGGGAGAAUGCCAUAGCGUUGUAUCAGGGUCCAGAUCCCUUAGAUCACUGGUGGAACUAUAUUUGUUGGUAUGAAAAUCACGGUCAUGGAGAUCCCGAUAAUAAAUUUCGAGAAACUUUAGAAAGGUGUUUGACUUUAUAUGAGCACAGUGACUACUACAAACUGGACGUGCGGAUGGUGCGUCUGUGGUUAAAGUAUAUUGAUAUGCAAAACAAUCCACUGCAUUUUUAUCAAGUACUACAUCAAAGAGGAGUAGGCAAACAGGUGGCCUGUUUCUAUAUUGGCUGGGCGACCUACUAUGAGUCAGUGAAUGCCUUCAAAGAAGCCGAAGCUGUAUAUAAUUUGGCAUUUCAGGAAAAAGCCCAACCUUAUGCGGAAUUGCAUCAUGGUCACAGUAAAUUAAUGUACAGCAAAACCAUGCAUGCUCAGGCUCAGGCACAACAGCAGCAAUUGCAUAAUCCCCAACAUGCUGCCUAUCAACCAUCUACGACUGCAUUGCAAACAACAAACAAUAAUGUCGCAACUUCAGCUACCACUAGCGUUGGUAAUAUGGAAAUUCAUCAGCAUCAACAACUCCAGCAGCAGCAGCAGCCGUAUCGUCAGCAAGUUUCCUACCAUCAUUCUGCAACUCAACCACAACAACUACAACAGCAACCAAUAGCUCAUCCAACGACUUCAAUCCAUCAUAAUCAACAGCCCGUUGCCUCUCAACAGCUACAGCCACAAGUAUAUCACAACCUACCGAAUCAUAAUCAUUAUCCAGCACAACAUCAAAACUUGCAAGAAGCACAAGUUCAUCAACAUGUCCAUACUCAUCCCCAGACACAAACGCCGACAAAUGUCCCUCAGCUUAAAGAAUCUAUCGAACAGGCUACUCCAUCUCCUGUUUACAAUACACAACAAAAGAUUGUUCAUAAUUCCCACCAACAGCAACAACAACCACAACAAAAUGUCAACCCACAACAUGUACAUCAGCAACAAGUUGAUAAUCAGUCGCAGCAGCAGCAACUACAAUCAAGGCAGGAACAAGUUGCCUAUAAUGUGCCCAUAGAACAACAGCUGCCGGCAGCAACAGCUGGUAUGAGUCGUCAACAAUAUGAGAGAGCUGUAGAGGCUUCAACUAAACGACAAGCAGUGCAAAAUGCUCCACAAGCAAACAGUAGUACAAACAUACUAGUGUCAGGCAUAAGACUGCCUAGAAAAUUUGCUACAUACUGUCGAAACAAUCAUGAAACCUGGCAGCCAGCAUUAUUCUUGGAGGAGCCAGAUGAUCCCCAAAAAGUCUGUCACUAUGCGAAAUCAUCAGUUUAUCCAACUGAUUUGUGUGUUGAAUUUAGUCCAGAGGAGAUCAAAGCCAGACGCUGUAAAUAUAAAUUGGAAGAUUUGAAACAAGCAUAUGCCCAACAAACUGCUAUACAACAAAAUUAUCAACCGCAACAGCAGGUGGAACAAGAUCAGAGCAAUAGAGAACCCCAAAGCAGCGGAUCGCAAGCCCAACAGAAUCUAAAUAUACAAGUGCAAGAGAUUGGUUCUAUGAAAACAGAAGCCACAGCAGCAGCAGAAAAGUAUCAGCAACAGCAAACGCAACAAUAUUAUGUACAACAUCAACAGCAGCAACAACAACAAUUGCAUCAUAUUAACAAUAAUCAUUUAUACUAUCAACAGCAACAACAUGAAACACAAAUUUAUCACCCAGAACAGCAGCCACAAACAUUGCAAACACAGCCAGAUCCUCAACAGCAACAACAACAACAACGGCAGCAACAACAACAGCAACAAUAUCAUGUAAAUCAUUAUGAAACACAAAGAUAUCAUCAACGUGAACAGCGGCAAUACUCUAAAGGUGAAGAAGAGGAAACUGAAGGUGAUCAAGAGGAAGAGGAGGAUGAUGACAAUCAGGACACAGAAGAUGAACAACAAUAUAACCAACAAAUUCCUCAGCAGCAACAGCAUGCCAACUAUCAAUAUCAUCAACAACAGCCACAAAAUCAUAAUACUUUAGAUGGUGAAGGCGAUUUAGAAGACCAAAUUGAAGCUUCCACCAUACGUUUCAGUAUGCAUACGCCCAAUAAAGGAUCUCAAAACAAAACAUUGAAAAUUAAGUUUAAAAAAGAAAGACCCACAGCUGUGGGUGAUACUCCCAAUGGCACUAACUAUAGUGCCUACACUAUUGAGCGUAUUUACCAGCCAGAGCUUGAUUCCCCUACAAUGGCCGACAAUGUACUCAAGCGCAAUGGCAACAACAACAGUUUUCAUCCCUACCUUUUGGGUCAGACAUCCACACCAAAGACCUCAGCUAAGCGCCAGAAAUCGAAAUUGAAAAAGCCUUCCAACAAAUUCCACAUGCUAGGCUCCACCAAUAGCAAUUCUUCGUCUGCGGAAAAUGGCCAUGCUACUUUAAACAACAGCUAUCUAAUGGAAAAAACACCUACAGCCUCAUCGGAAAAUAAAACGCACCAUCAUCAUUUAGAACGUUCGGUACAAAAUGCCACCUUUAACGAUAAUGCCAACUAUUCAUUUUCCUCAGCAGUGGCAUUGGACAACUCAAACUGUUCGCUAAGCAAUGCGGUAGGACGUCUUAACUUCCGUGACGCCACCGCUUUAAAUAAUUCCACUUUAAAUCAAACUCAUGUAGCUGAUAUUACCACCUAUCAGGAAAACUCAUAUUUUUCCACACAAAACGAUGCCGAAGCCAAGGAACGUCGUUUAGCUAAAGCUAUGGAGACCAUCGAACGUCAUAUGGCCAAAGAGGCCAUUGAUCCAUUUAGUAGUGAGUUGUGUAGAGCUUUCCUAACGAAACUCGAUUUUCCAGGCGCCGACGGUGAGGCUCAUGAUAAUUAUAAAAUCGUACAGACUCCAUUGCCCAAAAUUGCCAAUACACGUCAAUUGAAUUUAUCGGAUGGCAUACAAUUUAACAUCGACAAAGAAAUCGGACGCGGUUCCUAUGGUUCUGUGUAUAAAGCAAGUGAUGUGGCUACCGGAGCUGUGGUUGCUUUAAAAUUCCAAAAGCCAGCUAAUACUUGGGAAAUUUACAUAUGUGAUCAGGUACUUAAACGAAUUCAAUCCCCUAAUAUAUUACCCGGUCUCAUGGACAUCUCAACCGCUAUAAUUGCUCCAAAUGCCAGUCUUAUUGCAACAGAGUUCUCACCCUAUGGUUCUCUUCUAGAUAUUAACAAUAAAGUUAGACAAGCCACCACCAAAGUAAUGCACGAAUCAUUGGUUAUGCAUUUCUCGGCACAAAUUUGUAACAUCUUACAUCAUCUACACGAGAAAAAAAUAAUACAUGCCGACAUAAAGCCGGAUAAUUUCCUUCUAAUGCGUGUGCCCAGUACAGAUUUGCAUUUCCCCUCAUUGCGUCUCAUUGAUUUUGGCUGUGCUAUUGAUAUGACACUGUUUCCGGAGGGUGACAAGACGAAAUUCCGCAAAGUUAUACAAACAGAUGGCUUCACAUGCAUAGAAAUGCAGGAGGGUCGCUCGUGGUCAUACGAGACCGAUUUGUUUUGCAUUGCUGGCACAGUGCACGUCAUGUUAUUUGGAGAAUAUAUGCAGUUGCAGAAACGUGCUGGCACAUGGGACAUCAAACAGAAACUGCCAAGAUAUUUGAAGAAACAUGUAUGGACCCAGUUCUUUGGCGAUAUAUUGAAUAUAAAACCGGACAACAAAUUUCCUGAUUUAAGAGAAAUGCGUAAUAUAUUUGAAGAAGAAGCUUCAAAAAUGGACUCUGAGCUACAAAAACAAAUGCGUACUCUAUCCAAUAUUCUUCAUAGGCGAUAAUUAAGUUUUUUUUUAAUAUAUUCAUUACAGUUAUCAAUAAUGUUUUAAGAACAAAACA